ACAUCCCCUCCCCUCUCUAUAUAUACCCCCUCCCCUCCUCUUCUCUCUAUUUUUCAUUCUAUCAAAAUUUUUUCAUUUACAUUAUCAUAUAUAUUCGAAAUCAAACGUAUCCGAUAUAUUCCGCUUGUCGAUAAAAUGACGAACCAAAAGAUCAUUAAAACGGUAGUAACCGAAAACUCACGACCUCGACAAAAACUCGAAACCCUACUACUCCACUCCGACAUAAACAUCUUAAACAACGAGGAAGACGUUGAAUUCGUUCAGCGCCGCUUAAGCAGCGCCUCCGUCCCCAGCCCCCCCUUAUACGACACACCCUCCGCUUCCCCAUACGUAUUCUCCCCCUGGAAUCAACCCAUUUCUCCUUACAUAAAUUCACCAUGGAUUCAUCAACCAUCAACAGAUGAUUAUAACGCAUGUUCAUGGCAGCCCGGACUCAUCGGCUCACUCGUUCGAGAACAAGGCCACAUUUAUUCACUAGCCGCAUCGGGGAACAUUUUAUAUACCGGUUCAGAAAGCCAGAAUAUCCAUGUCUGGAAGAAUUUAAAAGACUUCUCGGGAUUUAAAUCGCACAGUGGAUUAGUCAAGGCGAUUAUUGUGACCGGUAACAAAAUUUUUACCGGUCAUCAAGACGGUAAAAUUCGGGUGUGGCAAGUUCCGGUGGGUGAAAAGAGAGUGUACAAGCGCAUUGGGAAUUUACCGACUAGUAAAGAUUUUGUGAAGAGCUCGAUGAAUCCGAGGAGUUAUGUGAAGGUGAGACGACAUCGUAACGUGCCGUGGAUUAAGCAUUUUGAUGCGGUUUCUUGUAUGAGUUUGGAUGAGGAGACCGGUUUAUUGUAUUCCGGUUCGUGGGAUAAGACGGUAAAGGUGUGGAGAUUGUCGGAUUUGAAGUGCAUGGAGUCGGUGAAUGCUCAUGAUGAUGCGGUGAAUUCUGUGGCGGUGGACGGUGGUUUGGUUUUCACGGGGUCGGCGGAUGGGACGGUGAAGAUGUGGCGGAGGGAGGUGGGGAAGAAGGUGGUGAGGCAUGUUUUGGUGCAGACGUUGUUGAGGCAGGAGUGCGCGGUGACGGCGGUGGCGGUGGCAGCGAGUGGGGUGGUUUAUAGCGGCGCGUCGGAUGGGUUGGUGAGUUAUUGGGUGCGUGAGAAGAAGAGUUUGAGGUACGGCGGCGCGUUGAAGGGACAUAAGAUGGCGGUGUUGUGUUUGGCGGUGGCGGGGAAUUUGGUUGUGAGUGGGUCCGCGGAUAGCAAUAUUUGUGUGUGGAGGAGGGAAGAGAGUGGGGACCACUCGUGUUUGACGGUGCUGGUGGGCCACACUGGGCCGGUCAAGUGUCUGACUAUUGUGGAGGAAGAGGGGAGUAUUGUGGAGGAUGAGGAGGAUGAUCAACGGUGGAGAUUGUAUAGUGGGAGUUUGGACAGUUCUGUCAAAGUUUGGCGGUUGUCUGAACACGCGCACGAGGUUGAUCAUUUUGGGGAGUGAAGAGUACGCGCUUGGAUUAUGAUGUUUGGAUCCUGUGUGUUGUAUCUCGAACUGUAUAUAUAAGAUGAAAAAGGAAGCGGGCAUAAUAAUGUUGAGAAGUGUGUAAUUGUAAUGUGUCAAAUACAUAAUUGUAUGUUUGAACAAAUUUUGAAGUGUUUAUCCUAAUUAUCAUGACCAUGAAUCUUUUGUUUGAUUUUCUA